AUCUUAUUAUUAUUCCUUCGUAGCUAGAUUUGUUCGUAAUUUUUGAGGUUAGGAUAAGACAGGUUCCCGGUGCGAAAUACAAUUGUAUUUCUUUUUAUUCUUUUUAUUAUAAAAGAAGAUAUGAUGGUUCGUUUUAUUUUUAAAUGUAAAGGUUUUAUACGGAGUCCUUUAAGUAAUCCUAAAGUAAUAACAUAUAAUAUGCACGAAAAUAACGUACGCCGGACAGAUACGAAGAAGAGACAAUUUAGUCGUGUACUCCAUUAUUUUAAUAGUUUUUCGCAAAAUCAAGCGGCCAAAUCUUCGAUUUUCUCAGGAAUAUUUUUGGCGGACAAUUCAUCAUUGCGACAAGUAUGUCGUAUUGCAGCAAAUAACAGUUCCCAUAAUCAACGAUAUUACGCAAACACCUUACAAGGUGGAUUUCAUAACAAAAAGGCCUUAUUUGAAAAUUUCUUUCGAUUUGCACCUACAAUAUUUAAUAACAGGUAUCAAUCUACCACUGCGACUCCUGUAAAUGAAGCUUUUACUGUAGAGAUCAGUGAAUCAGCCGAUAAGCCCUGGUUUUUCAGUAAUUCUGAAGGAGUGGAUUAUGUUUUAAAAGAUAUUUCGGAAAGUCCAGUGGCAGCAGGUUUUCAGACUCUGCUAGAAAAUGUGCAUACCAUGACGGGAUUACCAUGGUGGGGAACGAUAAUUUUAACUACAGUUAUGUUAAGAACUCUUAUCAUUCUUCCGCUUGCAGUCCAUCAGAGACAUAUACUAAUUAAAUUAGAGAAUGCUCAACGUGAAAUGGAGGAUGUAAUUUACCAUACAAAACAAGAAAUUAGUAUGGCAGUAAAGAAGCUUGGAUGGCCGGUCGAAUAUGCAAGAACCAAAUAUCAAGAAAAGGUAAGAGAGGAGUGGAAUGAUGUAUUUCGUAGGGAGAAAACACAUCCCAUUAGGGCUUGUACUCUAAUUGCGGUACAAUCUACAACGUGGAUGGGAAUGUCUAUCGCGCUUGCCAAUAUGUGUUGCACGUUUUCUCAUAAUGACCCAGGUCAAGAAAAUUUAUAUUCAGAGAUGACAUCAGGUGGCUUGGAAUGGAUACAAAAUCUUACAGUAGCCGACAGCUCUUUAAUAUUGCCCUAUUCUGUUGGUCUGCUGAAUUUAGCUAUUAUAGGGGUAAAUUAUCUGAUGUUAAAAGAGGUAAGCGUCGUUCAAAAAUUGACGCUUGGCAGCUUAACGAUUGUAUCCUUGGGAAUGAUACCUCUUGCAAUGGAAUUGCCGUCAGGGUUGGUGUUAUAUUGGACAAUCAGCAGUGGAUGUGGUCUGGUGUUUAACUUAUUUUUAACGUUACCAACGAUACGGAAAGUUUUACGGAUUCCUGGUGUGAAAUCAGAUCUUCAGCGUAAAGAGGAAGUAGCUGAAUGGAUAGUAGCCCGACAAAAUUCAGAUAUAGACACAGCAAAUUCGCGGAAGCCAACAAUUUAACAGAAAAGCUUAAGGAAACUUCGAGAUAUCAUUAACAAGAAAAUAAAUCCUUCUGCGUAAGUAAAUAAUAAAGAAUUUUUUCGAAAAGUC